AUGCGUCCACUAUUUACAAGUCAAAUUUCAUUGUUGGACAUCAAUGAAGUAUCAGCGCCAUUGCAUGUGUUUGCUGCCGAAUUAGACAUAGGCUGUUGCCCAUUCUUUCCUAAAUAUGAAACGUUCUGCAGCCUUAUUUCAUUCUGCGAAUUUACAGACCUUAGACAGGGUGCAUUUGAAAGAACACAUUUGCAUACAGCAUAUUCUGCUGCUACAACACCAAAGUCAACAAGAAGCAGUCAUACAGAUAUAACCUCGGAAUUGACUUUGACAGGAAGUUGCACACUUAUAGACGUUGGAAGAGUGGAUGCAUUUAGUACGCUGAGAGAAAUAGAGUGCGAGUCGAUUAUGUCGAUGGGAACGAUAUCUUCAACGACACGCCACAUAAAACAAACAAUACGCACACAUUUAUACGGUCUCUGUCCCCGCUGUCACGAACCAAAGAUAGAUCAAGUAUGGUGUGGAUUUUGCUUAACGCCGCAUAUUAGCUUGGGUUGGACGUCCGGAGAUCGGGUAUUAGAUGAGUUUAUUAGGAAUACACAGAAAAAUGUGAGAGACUAUCAAGAGAAAUUUUUGGAAUGGGUGCCGUGGGAAAGGCUUGGUGAGAUUAGAGUUCGCAAGGACAAGAAUGAACACAAGUAUGGAAAAGCGUUCAUAAACGAUAAGAACAGUGAAGGACUUGGAAUCGGAAAAGCUAAAAAACAUGUCGCUGUUUGGUUUGAUGGUGAAAGAGACAAGCGUAUUGGAGAUCGAACUGCUCCUGUUAAGGUUAUCUUGGAGCCAUUAGAUUGCGACGGUUUUUUUACAUCAGAGUACCUUGAGAAGUUAAUCAAAAAGUACCCAUUCAUAACAUCUCCCGACAACUACACGAUAUACGGCAUAAUAGGCGAAAUUGUUUGGGAAACACAGAGAAAUGUUAAAAAACGGUCAGACAUUUUCUUAGAACAUGUGCCAUUUAGGAGGUUUAAAAAUAUCCGGAAAAUUGGCAAGGGGUGUUAUAGUGUUAUAUAUGAAGCGAUUUGGAAGGAUGGAAAGAGAAAGGCGUACGAAAAAGGGAGGACUAGUGAGACUAAGGUCGCGCUGAAGCUGUUAAAGGGAACGGGAAGUGAGGGUGUGAGCAAAGGCUUUUUUGACGAGCUCAAAACUCAUUACCUACGUGCCAGUAGUGCCCACAUCUACUUUCCAACACUUUACGGCAUAUCUCAAGAUCCCACUACUGGUGAACUUAUCCUUGUAACCCAACUGGCUACGAAUGGCACGCUCCGUGACUAUAUCCGGAUUGAACAGCAUACAUGA